ACUGAAAGGGAAUACCUAAUACUGAGGAGGCCUUUCUUGGAGGUGUUAUAGUCAGCUUCUGCUGUUUUCUCCAUACGAUCGGGUCUUCGUAAACUUCGUAAGUUAAAUUUCAUAUUAGGUACCUAUCUAUCCUGGUUACGAAUCUGGUGCUUUGAUUAUUCACGAUUUUUUCUGAAAAAUGCAGUAGUCAAUAAUAGACUCUUGAAUGACGUGCGGCAUGGCUCAAUAUAAAUAUGCUAUUGAUCCAAGCUUUGCAACAAAAGCCAUCCAUACAGGUGCCAAACCAGAACAGUGGACUAACAAUGAAAUAGUCCCACCUAUUGUUCUCUCAACAACUUUCAAGCAAUUAGGACCAGGACAGGACAAGGGUUACGAUUAUGGAAGGAGCAACAACCCAUCGAGAGAAAUGCUGGAGAAAUGUCUCGCAGCUUUGGAAGGUGGAUUGUUCUGCAGCUGUUUUUCUUCAGGCUUAGGAGCUACAAGUUCCAUUGUGAAUGCACUUUUAAAUGCAGGCGAUCAUGUUAUCUGCAUAAAAAGUGUGUACGGUGGAAACUUCAGGUACUUUAGCGAAGUUGCGCCUAGGUCUGGUAUUGAAAUUUCCUUUGUCGACGUCUCAGACAUGAAUAUUUUACUCGAUACCUUCAAAAGCAACACAAAGCUUCUAUGGUUAGAGAAUCCAACAAAUCCCAUGAUGGACGUGGUAGAUGUCCCUACAAUUUCGAAAGUUGUGAAGGAUCGGAAUGAAAAAAUCAUCAUUGUGGUGGACAAUACGUUUCAAACAUCAUUCUUUCAGAGGCCUUUGGAACUGGGAGCGGAUAUUUCUGUUCAUUCUCUAACAAAAUAUUUAAAUGGUCACUCGGAUGUGGUUAUGGGUGCAACUAUAACAAACAAUGGAACAAUUAAUAGCAGAAUUCAGUUCGUUCAAAAUGCAUGCGGAGCUGUGCCCUCUCCAUUUGAUUGCUUUCUAGUCACCCGAAGUUUAAAGACCCUUCAGGUCAGAAUGCGCGAACAUAUGACGAACGGACUGGCCGUAGGAAAAUUCCUUGAAACGCAUCCAAUGGUUAUUAAAGUACUGCAUCCAGGUUUACCCUCUCAUCCGGAUCACGCUCUUGCCCUAAGACAGUGGAGUGGAUGUAGUGGGAUGUUAUCAUUCUACAUCCGAGGUUCUUUUGAGCAGAGUAAAGUCUUCUUCUCAUCUUUAAAACUUUUUUCACUUGCGAUCAGUCUCGGUGGUUACGAAAGUUUAGUUGAUCUUCCAGCUCGAAUGACGCAUGCAGCAAUGCCUCUGGAUGAACAACUUGCCGUUGGUAUCACAGACACUCUCAUUCGUUUAUCCGUCGGUCUCGAAAAUGUCAACGAUUUGAUUGAGGACCUGAAACAAGCUCUUAAUGAAGCUGCAGUGACUUUGGAGAAUAAAAAGUAGAGAACCGUAUUUUUCAGAGGCGCUUCAUCACCUCGAGUUGUUUUUUUCCCCUAUACGUGCGUACCUAUUUGACUUGGAAAAUUACACUUUUAUACGCCAAUUUUG